AUGUCUAUUAAACUCACUGAAUCUUCUGAGUCUUCUGAGUCUUCCGAUUCUUCCGAUUCUUCCGAUUCUUCCGAUUCUUCUGAUUCUUCUGAUUCUUCUGAGUCUUCUGAGUCUUCUGAGUCUUCUGAGCUUUUUUCUGGGUCACAUUUUCUUUCUUAUUUGCUCAUUAGCACUUCAACAUAUUCUACAAAUUCUGAAAUAAAAUCUGCAAAUGGUAGCUUUGGCAACCCAGGUUUCAAGGCCAUAAAACAACAAACUUCAGGUGGAAGCGACUUUCGCAAUUCAGUCUUUAGAUUUGAAGAAGUGUCCUCGUUUGCCAUUGAUACAAUAUCCCCAAAUACAACAGAGACCAGAGACAACUUAUUUUCAAAAAUUGCAAACACUUUUACUGUGGCAUCUCAGAUUGCAACAGCAUCAAUUUCCCAUUAUAAUAAUGUUCGAGUUGUCAUUCAAGUAACUAGCAUUUCUAAUGUUGAGCUUUCAAAAACUGGAAAGGUGCUUCCGAUACCCACUGAGACCAACAAUAUUUUCCAAGUUAAUGGGGCUCAAGAUUUUAGUUGUCCAAACUUUUAUUUGGUAUCGAUUAUUCCCAUAUUGUUGAUAUUUCGGAGCUAA